UAUAUUUGUUCAUGCUUAGUUAAAUAGUUAAUUAAUGACUUUUUAUUUGACUGCUGUUAUAUAUUAAUAUGUGUGUGUUGACGGUGAGACGGGUUUUGCUUCAGGGAAGAAGAAACCCUAGUUUCCAUCACUCUGCACAUUUUUCUUUCUGCACUUCUUUAUAUCGUCUAUUUUUAUGUGUAUAUGUAUUAUAUAUGUCUAGUAAAUUAGUAGUAAUUCGCUGAUGGGUGAUUUAUAUGUGUGUGUGUUUGUGCACGCGCGCGUGUUAUCCUGUGAAGAAUAUAUAUUGGUAUUUGAUUUUAUUCUUUGUAGAUUGGACUUGUUGAGAUGAGUUACGCUUACUCAGAAUUCGUUGUUGCUAUUUUUUGUUUUAUUUUAUUUUAUUAGUUACACAUUCCAACUUUUCUUAUGGCUUGAGAAUGGCUUAUAAUUUGUUUCUUUUUGUUUUUCUAAUUUCAACUUUUACUUCAGUUUCAAUAACUAGAAAUUUAUAGGCAUAGAAGACACUGCACAGCACAGUGUAUAUGUAUCUAUGUGGGGGUAGUGAGAGUAGGAGGGAAAGACUAGAAAAUACUGAAGUUUGACAUUAUUUUGCACAAAGUGAUUGCAUCUAAAUAUGAACGAGCAUCCUUAAGAUUGACUGCCAAAUUUAAUUUACAACAAGCAGUGAUCCCUUUUUAGAUAAAAUUACUACAUAGAAAUUGGAACUUUCUCAUCAGGUAAUUUCUUUACUUCUUAUGUUAUUUAUUUGAUUUCAUUGUCAUUAUACUAAUUUUUAUCCCAUAUAGAUGGGUCAGGCACAUUAAUUAUCUUUUUUUUCUUAGUUGAUACUCACACACACAUGACUCCACUAAGGCUCGAACAUGACCUCCCUUUGGGAAGUAAGGGCCUGGUACCGCUAGGCCACUGGCCUGUUGGUCACAUUAAUUAUCUUUUCAUGUUCUUUCCUAUUGCACACUAUGUCUCCUAGUAUUUCUUUGAUUUCUUACCUCCAUUUUUAACUUUGAGAAAUUAUUACAGCUUUAAUGGGGUAUGUCUAAUUAGGUUAUUUAUUUGUUAGAUUUUUGUAUUGUCUCGCUUAUUAUUCCUUUCCGUGUCCAUUUUUCUUAGUUUCUAUAUGCAUUUUUUGGUCAUAUUCAAUUCUGUUGCAUGCCAUAUUAAAUUUCAUUUUGACCUUGUUUCUUAUUCACUAAAACAUUUUCUGUGUUCUAAGAAUUAAUUUGUUUGUAAUGCUUUGAUUAUCUUAAUUUGUUGUUGUGCUUUGUGUAAUUUUGAUACACUUGGGUUUCUUUCAAUACUUUCUUGCUAUGUGAAUAUUCGUAGGAGGGAUGCAAAUUUGUAUGCCUAGAGAAAAGAAGCUGUAUUUGCCUGUUUAUUUUCGGUGUAACUGGAUGAAAGUGAGGGAGGGAAAAACUGAUACUGUUUGAUUUGUCAACGAAGGUUUUUUGAAGGGCAAAAACAUAAAAAGAAAAGGGAGGAAAUCUUUUCUCUCCUCCUGAAUUCCACCUUUGGGCAGAGAGGAUUUGGAGGCCCGAAGUUAAAUCCCCUGUCAUAUCUUCCCCUUUCAUUUUCCUUCUUACCAAAAGAUGAAAACUCCAUUAUGCAUUCCCUUUUUGCCUUUAUCUUUUCCUUUUCUACCACUCCCUCCCACCAAAAGUCAUAUGAGAGAGUAGCCAUGUUAAAACCUUCUUAAUUUGUUCUAGGUAAAAGAGAGUGAAGUUUCAAAUUUACCCCUCCGUCCCACAAAAGAGUCGCCACAUUCCUCUUUGGGAUGUUGCAUAAUGUGCCUGUUAUCAUGUAAAAUCAAUGAGCUUGUAAGUGAAUGCAUUAACUAGAUCAAACAAUGGGAUACAGUUUUUGAAAGUUAGGCUUAAAAGCAAGAUGUGAUUGCAUUAAUUGCAUCUUCUAGAAGUGUAGGGUUUUCCAAGGAGUUCAUUCAGUAUGCAAUGGAGAGUUAUUUCUAGUAAGCAAAAAGCCAUAUUAUAUAUAUAUAUAUAUAUAUUCAGGUUUGAUAAUAGAAAUGUUAUAGACAAAAGUGCCUAUGGUGAUGCAACCUAUGUACACCGUGAAUAUGGAAGUAACCACCUAACUCCUUCUGUAAAAGAUAAGUCAUUAAGAAAAUCAACAAGGAGAAUGAUUCCAAAAAUUUAUGAACACCAAAAUUGAAAGAUAUCCAAGAUCAUUUGCUUAAUCCUAUACAUGGGCAUGUCCAAAUCUUUAAAUGUGUACCUGUUCCACCCCUUCCAUAUGCACCACACAAGGCAAAAAGGAGUCAUCUGACAUACCUGCUUGACCUUUUUGCUACAUUAUGUACCCACAGAAGAACCCAAAAAAAUUCUCAGUCAACCAAGGCAUCACAAAGUAAACCUUGAAAAAAUUUAGAGCAUAGACCACAACCCCCUAGAAGCCAAGUAGUAUUGAAGAAGAUGAUUAGUGCUAUCUUCCACCUUCUUUUGGAAAUAGUCAGUGUUAACAAAAAUAUUUACUAAAUAUUUAUAGCGGUAAAGGUCGGGAUGAAGGAGGCAGAACCUGUUGUAGUUGUGGUUUAUGAAUAAAUCUAUGACCUCUGAAGUUUGACUUAUCAUAGUUCUUUUGAUUUUUUAGCUUUUUUGUCUUUGUUCUUAUGUCAAAGAAAAAUAUCUUUCAUCUAAUUUGCAUCUAAAUUUAGUUUUUCUUUGGAACCAAAAAAAUGUACAUAAAACGAAAUAAUAAUAAUAAUAAUAAAGAAUUUGUGUUUGGAAGUGCACUUGACACUAAUAAUUUGGAAGCAAGAGAACAAAAAACUUCCUCAGUGCCUAGAUAAAAACAUUGUUUUUUUCACUUAUUAUGCAUUUCUAACACCAUCACCCACAUACCUCCACAACCAUUGCAUUGCCUCUCAUCACUAAUGGUGUCACCAUUGCGACAACCUUUACUGCUUACCACCAUUAUAAUCUUCACCCAUUUGUUGUUGCCAUGGUGACAACCUUUACCGCUUACCACCAUUAUCAAUUUCACCCAUUUGUUGUUCUAGACAUUCUCUACACAACUAUCAACGUUUGCAAUCUGAGAUUUAUUCUGAAGCUUUUUGAAGGAGCCUCUAGGAUUAAAAUUCAUAUAAAUAGAAGUCCCAUGAUAUCAAUAAAGAAAAUUCCACUCUGGGAAAAAAAGGAAAAUUGCGUGGUAAGAAGGUUAGCUUGUGUCUAAGUGAGCGGCCUCUCAAAUAUCUUAGUUUUGCAUUAAGUUUAGGUCAUUUUGAAUUCGUUAUCCAGUUGUUGAAAGGUAUCUAAACAUCUUGAUUAUCUCUACGGUAAGGAUCACAUUCUUACUUUGUCUUGGUUUCGACAUCCACAUGUAUAUUCUUAAACCCUUCCCCCUCCCCUUCUCUCCUCACUUACCCCUUCAAAAAUGCCCCCUUGUUGCAGAUAUGAUUAAAGGGGGCAAAAUAAAAAACUUUUUCUGGUUUGAGGCAUGGAGUAAUAAAGAAAUAAUUUGGUGAAUUGUGAGACUGUUGGACUUAAAAAGUGGGCUACGAUUGGGAAAUAUAGUCUUGAGGAACAAUGCUCUGUUAAGGAAAAUAAUGUGGAUGUUUCUGGUAGUGCUCUAUGUGGCAUGUUGUGAUUAGCAUUAAGUAUGGUCUUCAAGACAGACGGGUGGGGAUCCUGGCCAAGAUGUUAUGAUUUAUGAAUAAUCAUUUGUGUCCUUGAAAAGCUUACCUAGUAGCUAGUAGUCAUUGAUUUCUUCUGUUGCUAAAUUUUACAUUGGACGUAGCUGCAGAGUUUGGUUUGGAAAAGAUCUUUAGUGGGGAGAGAAUACAAAAAUUUAUUUCCUCAUCUCUAGAAUUUCUUCACGUCAUUGACCUCUUGUUUCUAAUUUGUUGUUUAUAACGCUCUCACACAAUUUUGAGUCUUAAUAUCUAUAGAAGAUGUUUGUAUUUCCUCUUCAAGAGAGGAUGAGAAAUGUUGGUGCUUCAUGCUUGGAUUCGGAUGUCCCCUUUCUAUUGAAUCUUUCUCCAUUUCCUAUCAAAAUUAGAAAACUCUUUUCCUUUUCAACUGAUCAAUCUCGAUUGGAGAGUCAGUGUUCCUUCUAAAGUUAAUGCUUUGGUUUGCUGUUGCUCAAUAUAAAAGUUCAACGAGAUGCUUCAGACUAGAAGGCCUAACAAAUCUCUUAGCCAACACAGUUGUGUUGUUUGCAGAAAGAACAAUGAAACUUUAAACCAUCUUUUCACUGUAAUGUCUCCUAUGACCUUUGGCUGAGACUUUUUGCUCUAGCAGGUUUUAGCUUGUUUGCUUCUUAGAUAUUCCAACGUAUCUUGAAAUGACAUUUGGAGGUUCGGACAGAAGGGAGUUAAGAUCUCAUUGCACUGUGCUAUCCUGGCACUGUUUUUGGUGUUCUAGAAUGAGUAUAAUGCUACAAUUUUUUUUGCGAUUAGGACAUCCUGCUAAAGAAGAUCUCGGAAGAGUCCCGUCUGUAUUAUCUUUCGAUGUCAGUCACAGGAGUGCUUCUAUCCUUGGUUUUUGGUAAUUGGAGGCUGUUAAUUCCUCUUGAUUUCUUGCCAAAACUGUCCAUAGUGUUUCGAAGAAAAAAUCAGAAUGAAAGUCAAGCUUAAUUUGAUGGCUGUUCUCUUGGCAACCCAAAACCAUAUAAGACCCAGUAAGUCAAUAACAUAACCUUAAAUAUGACAAACGAACCACUGAUAUCAUUUAUGUUUGAAAUUUUUAGAAUUAUUAAAAUAACCUUGACUCCUAAAGUUAAGAAAAUCUAAUUGAAAAAUAAAAAAGCCAUACUUAUAUAUAGGUAAUAUAAAAUAUCACCAUAGUUAUGUGAACCCAAAAAAAUAUAUAUUGCUAAAGGGAAACGAAUUUGAUCCCAUGAGGCCCAGUUUUGCAUGGUUUGAGAUCAAACCAAUUUUGAUAUUCCUCUCUUAUUUGAACGUGCUUUUUCUUGAGGCUAUAGGGAUUGCAUUGGUAACUUUAGCCAAUUAAUAUUUUCACUUUGUCAGCCACAUUUUUUUAGAAGAUUUGGCUCAUCAAUUUGAGGUUCAAUUGCAAGUUAAAAUUUACAGAAGGCUUGGCCAUUGUACAUAAUUUUGUUGUCCUAAUAGGGGUAACAUAUUUUGAUCAUGAAGUUAAAAUUGAUCAUGUUCCACAAAAUUAUCCAUGUAGUAUGGGAGUAAUCAUCAGCAAAAGUUACUACAACUAAAAUUAGUAAUACUUUCAGAAAGUUUCUGAUUGGUAGCAAUAAUGAGAAUGUAAAAUUGAAACUGAGACAAGGAAGGUAAUAUGUGGAUGGAUCCUUUCCCGCUAUAAAGGUGAAGAUUCAUCAGCAUUCAGCAACUCUGACCUUUCAAGCACUAAAAUGUUCUCUGAACUGCUGUAGAUUUGAUUCCCUAGAUGGGAAAAUGCAUUGUUGAGUUGAGUGGAUAUGAGUUUUAUAGUUGUGAUUCCUUUAAUGCUUCAAUUUCCAAAAUAUCUGCAGUUCUUGCACAAAGUACUUUUUUGGGGAUUUAUUUCUAAUUUCCAUUUCUUGUAUAGAUUCCUGCUUUCACUUUUGUCUCUUUCUAUGCAUGUUUAAACUGUUUUAGGAGAUAUUAUUGUUUAUUUACUAUAUUAUAUGCGAUUGUAACCAAUACUUGUGUUUACCGUCAGUAAAUAAUCUAUUUUCCUUGUUGAAUGUAAACAUAAAUGUUAAUCUUCUUCGUCUAUGGUAACCAAAAUCACUGCAUUCUCUUUGGUCAUUUAUUAGUCCUUUUCGUUGCUAUUAAUUGGAAAAGAAUAAUUGAAUUGAAAAAUAAAUUAGAAGGAAGGAGGAUCUAAUUUCUGGAUAAAUUUUCUUACAAGAAAAACCCAAAAGCAUAACCGGAAAAGCUGAAGCUUUGAGGGGUUGGUUUGAAGUUAAAAUUGGAGAAACUCGUCAGUGUGGGGUCCCUUUCCAAACUUCUAUACCUCUCAUCUGAAUACACUUAAAAUUAUUGUUUAAUAUUAAUUGAACUAUUUGCGAACAUGAUGUUCAUACGUAGACCUGCAAAAGGAUCAUAUUCGGACCAGAUGAGACUUGAUUUGAUAUGAAUCCGCUAAGAUUAUUUCUUGGUCCAAUCUGAUUUGAUAACCCGUUGGAUCAUUCACCAAGGAAUCCAUAUUCAAUACGUUAUUAAUUGGAUAUUUGAUCCAAUAACUCUAUUUUUUAAGAGUAUGAUUUUUUUGUUAAUAUAUAUAUAUAUAUAUAUAUCAAAAGGGCACGCAAACAAUGAUUAAAAAAAGAUAGAGAAUACGGAGAAGACAAAUUAAAUAUGGACAUGAGAAGAGCUGAAAAUUAAUUUUUUUAACUCUUUAUUUGAGAAAAAACACCAUGCAGUAGUUAAUAAUAGAAAGAGAAAAGAAUUAGAAAAAUAAUGAUAAAAAACUUAGAUACUAUGUUAUAGCAUUAAAUAAUAUAUAUAUAACAUAUUAUCCAUUAUAUUAUGUUGGAUUGGAUAUUAUCGGAUCAAACUGACCAUAAUACAUAUCCAGUUUGUUUAACUAACAGAUAUCCGAUCCAUAUGGAUAUUGUUAACAGGUUUUCGGUUUAACUGUUCAAUCUGUAUCCAACUUAUCGGAUCGGAUUCAGAUCAAAAUCCGAUACGUUGACAGACCUAAUCAUAGGUACUAAGUAAAACUAUUGUAUCCCAUAAUCUUGGUGAGGCUAGCAAUCACUUGUAGUGGCCAAUACGGCCUACAAAUGUCAUAUAACAGCACUUUGAGAUGCAAUGGCCUAUAACAGCCAACUUUAGCUGCCUAUUAGCUCGAGAAUAUAGUGACUUCUUUUUAGUCCUAUUUUGCAUUCUCCAUUUGCUUCCUUAAAACUCCUUUAAUAAUCUAGAGGCUAGAUCUAUGAUCUUUUAAGUUACACAACAAAAUUUCAAAAUUUUAUUUGUAAUCUUGAACCCAAGUUUUUAAACCAAAAAAUCAAGGAGUUUUGAGAUAGGAGCCUUAUUUGCAUUCAGUUAUUUUUCCUUUUUGUUUUUGACAAGUGCAGGACCAUAACCCGAGGCUCCGUUUUGAGAGUAGUGCAAGGUGCAAAGCUCAAAAUAGAUCUAGACGGGGUGAAAUGAUCUUGUUCAAUUUAACUAACAAUAACUUAUUUUUAAACUAUAAUUGUACUUAAAAUGUAGCAAUAUAAAUCAGUUAAAGGUACUUAUAAAAAUAUAUAUAUAAAUCAGUUAAAGGUAGAGAGUAGAAAAUAAAUUAACCAUGCAACCACACAAGAACACAUGAUUUUUAAGUGGAAAACCCUAGCAAGGAAAAACCAUGGGGCCUAGUUCAGGCAUCUCAAAUCUAUUAUUUGAAAGGGAUAUUACAUCCAAGGUUAACAAUUUAUACACACGAGAAACCCUAAUUACCUCUUGACACAAAUCCACUCCUCACACGAUCCUGUACUCCAUUCUGUGAUUUGAUCUCCAUUGUUGUCCAAGUUGCAUGUUCAUUGAUACUUUGGUGUUGAAUGCCUCGUAUAGUACAAGGAUUAUAAUAUUCAGCACCCUGAAUAGUAACUCACCAUCUAAUGCAAGAUAUAUGAAAAAUAAAAUAUGCUUUCUAUUUGUUGUGAAAAUAUGACACAUUUUUUCUUUUUUUUGGAAAAAAUCAUAUUAAUUCCAAUAAGCGCGAGGUCACAAGUUCAAGUCUGAGGGUAGUCACUUUGUGCAAAAUAAUGUCAAAUGUUAGGUCUAUCUCCAUUUUUUUCCUCCUAGCACCCCAUAUAGGUAGGACAUACAUGGGAUAAUGAACUUUUAUGUUAUUAAGCUAUGUGAUAUAUAUCCAUUGUUUAGGUGCACUUUCUUGUAAUUCCCUGCAUCUAAUAUUUGCUUAAAAUUUUAUCUGAGUUUUAAACUUUUGACUUUAGUUUGCAUGCCCAAUAUUUGUGGUUAUAGUCCUGUUUCCAAGUAGAAAUUUUUGACUUCUACAUUCGGUUUUGGUGUUAGUUGUUUGAUAUUUUUAUCUUGAUAAAAUGACUUCAGACAAUGAUAUUUUUUCACUUAGCUUGUUUAUACUGCAAUGACUUUAUAUUACCUACUUAAAUUUAUUUGUGUAUGCAUAUAAAGAUGCCUGUUAAAUGUUGUGCUAAGUGAAUUACGCUCAUUCCUCAAACUCUUGCACCCUACUUUUUCUUCUUUACCAAAGAGGGACAGAGCGAUGUUUGGAAUGGAGUCGAUGAAGGUGCAUUGCUUACAGGAAAAUGGAAUUUUUGCUACAAAAUGGAAAGAGUAAAAAAUCGUGAGGGGCUCGAUUUUUUGAUGUGCUAGGUCAUAUUUAUUGAGAUGUGGUGCCUAUUUACUAGGAAAUGUAUAUGACGAAUAAAUUCAUUGAUGAAAGGCCUUUAGUGCAUAUUGGGGUUUUUUUUUCUUCCCGUAAGUUAUAUUGGCUUUCAUGUGGUCUAACGAAUCAUAUUAGUGAGGUCAGAGGUUUGGUUAUGCAUAAAAAGAUGCUAGGCUAUGCCGAGGUUGCUGACAUAAUUUCUGAUAGAGGAUGGGAAUAGCCUGUCUCUCAUGCUGAGAACAUUAGAGAUAUUGGUACCUUGAUUAGUCAAUUACAUGUUCCUUCUGGAAUGGGGAAUGAUGCUGUUGUAUGGUCCAGCUCUAAUAAACCUUUUUCAGUCAAUGAUGCCUAUGACUAUGCAUACACUCAUAAUCUAGGAAGCACAAACAUUGUCAGAGGUGCCGUGGCGGUGUCGCUGUCGCACACAAACGUGAACACACAGGGGACAUAGCUCGGAUACGCAGAGACACAGUCGAGACACGUUUUGGGUUGCGAUGGGGUCAGUUUGUAAAUGUUUUUUUAAAAAACUAUGGGGAUCAGCUCGAAUUUUAAAAUCUAAUGGGGGAAUGAAAAUAUAAAAAUUAGGCUUUAAAGCCCAAUAUCAACAUUAGUGUAUUCAUAUCUUCUGUUAGUUCUUUUGCCUGAACCAUUGUUGUCACUUCUCAUAUCAAAAUGUAAGCCACAUCAAUGAGAGAGGAGGUGAGAAGAAGAAGAAAAAGUGGAGAAAUAGAAUAAUAGAAGAAAAGUGGAGGCAUUUCCUAGAAUGUGUAUGUUAUUAUUGAGAAAUAGAAAAGAAAAAUUGUGUAAUAAUAUACAUAUACAUAUAUAUAUAUAUAUUAUUUUUAUUAUUAUUAUUAUUAUUAUUUAUGUAUGUCUUAUUUUUUUUUAGAUUUAUGGUAUCACUGUGUCCGUAUCGUGUCGUACCCAUGUCCAUGCUUCCUAGCUCAUUAUUAUGCAUAGGACAAUGUCACAAUAGAGUUCUUACUUUAACUUCCCCAGCUCCAUGGUUGCCAAAUUAUAUUGCGUUAUUUAUUAAAAAUUUGUUGUGAUAUAGAUUUAUAAUUUUAUAAGAUUCAUUGUUGCUUUUACCUUUUAUAAGCAAGACUAGAUCUGGAUCUAUAUGGGAGACAAUCUUAUAAUGAUGGAGAAUGAUUGCCUGCCUGAUAUACUCGUAAUGAGAACAACACCGAAGCCAAUGAUGACUAGAUGUUGACCUCAUGGGUUUAUGGAAAGUGAUUCUUCUUGUUAAGUGCAUGGGUGUUAACUAAAUGAAUUGGACAUGUGGUCUAAGUGCACGCGAGGGAUUCUUUCUAGUCCAAGGCCGUGAUUUGCCUUGAUUGUUGUGUGAAACCAUGUUUGAGGCAACCAAUUGAAUUCUGGACAUGUUUAGUGCUUCUCAAUGUAGCCUGAUAUUAAGGUCGGUUACAUUAAAGUUUGAUUUGAAGUUUUAAUUAUGAUUGAACAUCAGUUGUUGUUUAGGAGAUAUGGAAAAUGAGGAAAACUCACAUUACGAGCUGACUUUGGAGCCUCUCAGGGCGAUGGUGCUAGAUGCCUGACUUCUAUGAAGUCUGAAUCCUAGCAGAUGUAUUCUAAAGAGUCCUAACUGGGGUGGGACUGUAAUUAUGAUGGAUGACUAAUUGGGACUGAGGUGUCACAAAUGGCUCUACAGACACCAGAAGUUUACAAAGCAUUUGUUCCAAAUUGUAGCAAACAGCUAAGGACCUGUUUAGAGGUAAUGAUAUCUAGAAUUCCUCAUUAUCAUAAUUCCAUUGUGCAGGAUAAACCUUGUGAUAUAUGCGGUGAUAUUGGUGUUGUGGAGGCAAUAGUUACUUGUUCUCAGUGCAGAAUAGCUUGUGAACACCUUUACUGCAUGAAAAUCUAUACCACAGAUGUACCAGAAGUCUGGAUUUGUGAAGCAUGUGAACUGAGCACUGAGACGGCUUCACUGAAAUCUGGCGUGAACGAAGAAUUGCCUAAUGCAGUGUACCAUGAUACUACAUGUUCUGCAGAUUCGAAGAAACUUGCAGAUAAUUCAGGGAGGCGGAUUUGUUUUAAAAUGGAAAAGACUGUUACUGGAAAAGUGAAAGAAAUUUCUGCUCAAGAAGUUAUAAUGCUAGCUUCAGGAGCUAGGAAAUCUGAGUCCCCUUCGAAGGGCAAUUUACACUCAAGCCCUGGGCGAUCAAAAGCUAUGGUAUCUAUGUCCAUGAGGACUCCAGUCAAGACCAAAGCUACUCAUCCAAAAUUCUCCUUGUAUAAGGUCAAAGAAAAUCCUAGGUUUAGACUCCCGGAGCAUUUUAAGCCUCCCAGACAUGGCAACGACCAAAUCAAUUCAGUAGUUCAACCACAAGCAACUGAAAGAUCAAAAGAACUACAAGGAAAUAGAGCUGUUCUAGCUCCGAUGACGCCACUUAUUCACAAGGGACAGCCCAUGGUUGUCCUUAAGCGUGCUGUUGAAAUUGAAUCUACUUGCACAAAUGUAGAAAAGGCAACGUGUAACGCGUCGUAUGCAUCUUCACUGUCAAAACUUUGUCCAACUAUUGUCAGUUCAGGUGAUAACAUUUGCACUGAUGUGGUGGAGCCAAGGAAUUCCAGUGCUGAGAAUGGGGACUUGUUGCUUAAAGCUGACAAAUGUUUUCCGAGUCAUCCGGCUCUUGAUGCAUCUUGGAAGGGAAGCUUCAAAAUUCUUGAUCCUGUUAAACAUGGGGAACUCACUGAUGGGUUACAUGCUCAUCCUCCAUCCAGAGUUCGUCAAAAAGUAUACGAGUUCUCUAAGCGAAUGCCUAGAAUUCUUCAGUUUGAGCUGCUUCCACGUUGCAAAUUUUGGACUGAUAUGUUCCGGAAUGAUUAUCCUGAUACGGAUGAUAUUGCGUUGUAUUUCUUCUCUCAUGAUAGUGGGAGAUCUGAGGAUUAUGUCUUCCUCCUGGAGUACAUAGAGAGGCAUGACUUGGUGAUGAGAAGUAACAUGGAUGGCAUAGAAUUGCUUGUUUUGACAUCUAAACUUCUUCAUUUGAAUUCUCAGAGAUUGAAUGAGAAAUACUUUUUAUGGGGAGUUUUUCGUCGAAUGAAAAAAUAUGAAGCUAUAUCAAAGGAACAUGGGAAAAUACCAACUGUUUGUGCUUCAGACAGUACACAUGAUAGUCUUGCUACUGGGGAGGACAGUGAGGUUGUUGACAUGGAAAUUGACAUGGUAGGUGGAAAAGAUGUGGGAAGAGUUGAUAUCGCAAUCCUGAAAGAAUCAAUUAAAAUAGGUUGUGGAGAAACUGCUACUUCAAUCUCCUUACGUGGGUCAGAUGUGAAGAAUCCAACUGUUUCAACAAAGAUGGAUUUCACCAAUAAACUUCCUUUAUUAGAAUUGAAAAUGAAAUCAUGCCCCGACAUUCCUCCAGGUUUCGAGGAGGCUUGUAGGCUAAAAUCCCACGGUUCGUUUAGAGCUACAGUUAAAGAGGAAAAACAGCUUCAAAAAGCUAUCAGCCCAGCAAAGGAAAAUAUGAGCAUGGAAAAAGUUCCAGAAGCCUCUGGAGGCAGUAAUUCGCGACCUGAGCCUAUGGAAGAUUCCGAUUUACUAGGAGCUCAGGAGAGGUACCAUCAGGUUUCUGCUCAUGGUCCUAUUGCUGCCUGUUCCUCCCCUUCCUCAGUAAGAUUUCCACACUUCACUGCGACGGUGAAAGAAGAAGUUGCAUAGUCUGAAUUUUAAAAAAAAAUCCAUGAACAGGCGAUGAAGACUGUACAGCGGAAGCCUUGGUGCUGGGCAAACAAAUAUCUCAGAUAUUGUUCUUUCCCCACCACAUUUUGUAGUGCUUGGUAUACUUGUAUAUCCCCUUCCUUGAGCAGGUACUGGUGUUCUAAGAUUAUAACUUUUUCCCUCUGGUGUAGCUGUGUGUUGUAACUUCCUGUCCUCCUGGGAUGAUGCUUCCAUGGUUGAUCGAUGGCUGACAUAAUCAGUAUCUUGUUUAGCCUCUUUCCGUGUGUGUGUUUAUUAUGCGUUGGCUUGGGCAUCCAUAUGGACAUGCAAAGAAAGAGGAACGGAAUAUUUUUAACUGAAAAUAUAGUCAGGUUCUAUCUUUGUUGUGCGUACAGAAUUUUGGCCUACUCUGAAAUCAUUAAUUUUGAGGAGUAUGAUAUUCUGGUAUAACCAUUUUUCUGGGUACCAUUUAUUGGAUUAGCCUCCAAGGUGAUGGAAUUUAUCUUUUAUCGUAUUUAUGUGAAGAGGGGCUGAAACUGUUCGGUGA